CCUGUUGCAUGCUUACGAACACACACAUGCAGAGUGUGAUGUCCGAGCCUCCUCGGUGCUGCAUCUGUCUGGAUGAGUUCAGCAGGCCCGCCUCCCUCCCCUGUGGACACUGCUUCUGCCUGGGCUGUAUAGGGGAAUACUGGAGGAUCAGCAAGGCCUGUCAGUGUCCCCUUUGCAAGGCCUUUUUCCCCAGCAGGCCACAGCUCAAAACAGACCAAACACUGCAUGCUGGUGCCUUGAAUAAAGAGGGAGAUUUGCCAUUAAAAGCUGGAGAGGUUCUGUGUGAUUUCUGCCCAGUGAAACACAGAGCAGUCAAGUCCUGCGUGAAGUGCCUGGCCUCGUACUGUGCCGCUCAUCUGGAGCCGCACUACCGGAGUGAAGAGCUUGGGCGCCAUCUUCUGAUCAGUGUGGUGAAGAACCUGGAGGACUCUGUCUGCAGGCUCCAUGGGAAGCAGUUGAACAGGUUCUGUAGGAGUGAUCGAACAUGCAUCUGCUCCAUGUGCGCCCACACAGAACACAGGGGCCAUCACAUCCUUUCUAUCAGCAAGGAAGCUACAAAGAAGAAGGUCAAACUAAAGUGGAGAAGGAUGAAACUUCAGCAAGCGAUUGAAGAGACACUGAGUAAAGUUGAGGAGGUUCAAGCGUUAGACCUCGGUGGAGGAAAUCCAAAAGAGGCAUGGGCACAAAAUAAACAGCUAAUCAAACAACUAGAGGAAGAAAUCUCGGAGCUGCAGAGCAGAAACACGGAGAUAGAGCAGCUCUCACAGAUUGAAGAUGACCUCCACUUCCUGCAGUCAUUUCUACUCACUGCUUGGUCUUGAUGAAUGGACGAACAUGUGGACGAUUCACCUUAAAGACCACAUGAACAAAGUUAUUUUUUAUUUAUUUUCUAUAAUUUAUUGAUUAUCUACAGCAGCAUAUAUUGUGGGACCAUGUGUUUGCUUAAUAGGAUUGUUUUCACUCUCCGGUUGAGGGUUGGAUUAGAGGAUCAAUACCACCCCCGCAUUUGACCGUAAAAUAUAAUGCUAAAGUCUGUUAGCGUAUUUUAGCAUAAAGACUAUCAAGCUGUACAAAUAAUCUACAUAGGGGAGAGUGAGGUAAGUUGAGCCAUUUUUAAGUAUGCUGUCCUCUAAGCAAGGAGAAAUGACACAUAGUAAAAAUGAAAACA